AUGUCGUCCCGCAGUUCGAUCCCCCGUCGUCGAAAUCAAAGCGAAAGUGCUGGUAGUGAUGUCGAAUCCAGCCCCACCCCACCAGCCAGCAGUAAACGCCCUCGUCUGAGCCCCGCACACGAAGCCGAACCCUCAGGUGAUGAAGAGGCAAGCGAGACAGGUAGUGCUUCGGGAGACUCUAGUGAGGACGAGUCCUCAAAUGGCGAAACACAGGAAGAUGGUGCGGUUGGUGAACGCGAAGACUCGAUGCCACCAGCUCCUCGGCAACCACUCAAAGCCCGCGCAGGAUUCGACUCCAAUGGCUACAAGCCCGGCGCAAUUUUGCGUAUCAAAGUGAUCAACUUUGUAACUUACAAUUCUGCGGAAUUCUUUCCCCGGCCCCAAGCUCAACAUGGUGAUUGGGCCCAAUGGAACCGGCAAGAGUACAUUAGUUUGCGCCAUUUGUCUUGGACUGGGAUGGGGAGCUCAGGUAAUACAAAUGAACUCCAUCUCGGACGUGCCAAAGAUCUUGGCGAAUUUGUCAAGCACGGCUGUCGAGAAGCAACAAUCGAGAUUGAACUCGCAAGACACCCGAACGGAACUCGGAACCCCGUGAUCAGUCGUACUAUCAAGCGAGACGGAAAUAAGAGUUCAUUUACCCUGAAUGGGCAGGCUGUCUCCAAGCAAGCAGUGCUGAAACUAGCUCAGGAAUUCGCCAUUCAAGUCGACAACUUGUGCCAGUUUCUACCCCAAGACAAGGUCGCAGAAUUUGCCGCUCUCACCCCUAUCGACCUCCUUCACUCUACCCAGAGAGCAGCUGGUGGACAGGACAUGGUAGAAUAUCAUGACCACUUGAAGAAGCUCCGAUCUCAGCAAAAGAAGAUUGAAAUGGACAACCGUGGUGACAAGGAUACGCUACGCAAUCUGGAGAACCGGCAGGAGAAUCAGAGAGCCGAUGUCGAGAGAAUGCGACAGAGGGCCGUGAUCCAACAAAAGCUCGACAAUAUGGAAUUCUUUCGCCCAUUUGUCGAAUACAAGGACUGGCAUCGGGGUUUUGAAGAGCUGAAGGAGAAGAAAAACCGAAUUGAACAGGAGCAAGAACAACUCAGGCUCGAUCUUGCACCUGCACUAGAAGCAGUGAAUGCCAAAGUGACCUACAAGGAUAAAAUUGGCGCUGUGAAAACCGCGCGGAAAGAGCAGAUCCAACAGUUGCAAAGGUUUGCUCAAGCCCGGGGAAAGGAAAUGGAGGAUUUAGAAAGCAAAAUCAACAGUUUCAACGCCGAGAUUGAAGCCGAAAAGAAGUCCGCCCAGAAACACAAGCAGGAAGCCGGCUUGGUGCAGCAGACGAUCAAUAGGCUGACACGCGAGCAAGAGAACGGUGCAGUGGAGUUCAAUCCUGAUGAUUACAACCGGCAAUUGCAUGAGAAAAAGCGCGAAAUCCGCGAAAUCGAAACAAAAGCCAAGGCAAUCCAAGACAGCAAACGGCCAUUAGCGGAAAGAGUUGGGCAGUUGAGAAGCCUUGUACAAACAGAAGAGGACAAGUUGAAAAGGCUGGAUUCGCAGCUGGGUCAACAAGAAAACAAGCUGGGAGCUCUUUCAAAAGACACCUACACAGCUUACCAAUGGGUUCUCCAAAACCAGGACAAAUUCGAGAAAGAGGUUUUCGGCCCUCCUGUGGUAACCUGCUCGGUCACCGAUCCUCGCUAUGCUGACGCUGUCGAGUCCGCGAUGCAGAGAACCGACUUCACCGCGUUUACGACACAGAGCAAAAAUGACUUUCGCACGCUACAAAGAGCGUUGAAUGGAGAGUUAAAACUUUCGGAUAUCAGCAUCAAGACUAUUACCAUUCCGCUCGAAUCGAUGAGAGCUCCGCUUUCACCCGAUGAUCUCCAGCGGCUGGGAUUUGAAGGGUUCGCCAGGGACUUCUUACGUGGCCCCGACCCUGUUAUCGCUAUGCUUUGCGCCGAGAAAGACUUGCAUAGGACACCUGUUUCCUUGACAGACAUUUCCGACGAAGCUUACUCUGAGCUCGAGAGCGGAAACAUCGCCGCGUGGGUUGCUGGAAAACAGUGCUACAAUAUCACUCGACGUCGAGAGUAUAAUGCUUCAUCGACUCGCGUGCGCCCACUUAGGCCUGCGAGCAAAUGGACAUCACAGCCUGUGGAUGUGACAGUCAAACAAAAACACCGGGACAACAUCCGGGACUGGACAGCUGAACAAGAACAGCUUCAGAAACAGAUGGACGAACAGAGGGCCGAUUUGACAGAGCUCUCAGACGAUAGGGCUCGACUCACUCGAGAAAUGAAAGAUGUCGAGAAUGAGAAAGCCGAAAAGCAAACUGCAUUCACGCACUAUCGUGCAAUUCCUGAUAAACUGGCCGCUCAAUUGGCCAAAAAGGAACAUUUUGCGAACCUCUUUGAAGAAAUGCGAGAGCGGGUUCUUGACACACGUAACAAGAUAGACCUGGUUUCCAUUCAGAAGGCUAAGGCUAGUGUUGAAUAUGCUAACGCCUUUGGCAAGCUCCUCGAAGCAAAUGUAGAAUACUGCAGAGUUUGCAUCUUACACCAAGAGGCGACUUCUGAGCUUCAGAUCCAGAAGCUUCGUCACAGCGAACACGCCAAGAUGUUUGAACAAAAGGCCGCAGAGACGAGACAGGUAACGCAGGCAUAUCAAGAAUCGCUGCAACAUGGCAAGACAAUGAGGCGGACAGCAAAACGCCUCUCAGAUGAAAUGAAGGAAAGACCUGGAGGUGAGGAGAUCAUUGAAAUGAUGAGUCCGUCCGACUACGGCUUGGAUCAUUUUAAUGCCGAUCUGGACUCUGCAAGGGCACAAUUGGAUUUGAACCAGGGUGGCAGUGCCAACAUGAUCAAGGAGUUUGAAGAGCGCGGACGGCAGAUCGAGAAAUUGCGCGACAAACUUUCAGCAUUCCAGGCCGAUCUGGCAGAAAUUCAAAAGGGCAUCGAUGAAAUCCGUGCAAUUUGGGAGCCCAGGCUGGAUACGCUUAUUAGCAAGAUCAGCGAUGCCUUUUCAGACUCGUUCCAACGCAUUGGCUGCGCUGGACAAGUCUCCUUGGACAAGGUGGAAGCCGAGACUGCGAAUGGCGAGCCUGGCGGCAGCGAGUUCGACCAGUGGUCCAUUCAAAUCUGGGUCAAGUUCCGCGAACACGAAAGCCUGUCCAUGUUGGACUCCCAUCGUCAAUCCGGUGGCGAGCGUGCUGUCAGCACCAUUUUCUAUCUCAUGGCGCUGCAGUCGCUCUCGGCUUCACCUUUCCGCGUCGUCGACGAGAUCAACCAGGGUAUGGACCCGAGAAACGAGCGCAUGGUUCAUGGUCGCCUAGUGGAUAUUGCCUGUGCGCCGACCGAGGAAGAGGUAGACGAAGAGGGCAAUGUCGUCGGCGGCGGCGGUGGCCAGUACUUCCUGAUUACACCGAAACUCCUGAGUGGUCUAUCCUACAAACCUGGCAUGAGAGUGCUCUGCAUCUACAGUGGCGAGUAUAUGCCCGAAAGUGGAACGGUCAACUUCCACCACGCCAUUGAUAAGAUGAAGAAGAUUGUCGCUAGGGGUGGACGGACCACUGGCACGGCCAACGCUCCGGUCCUUGAGAGUCGAAGUCAAGUCAACGUCCGCGCCUGA